UGUGCGCAUGACGACGCCGCAACGCCUGGCAUUAAAAAGGCGGUUGUAAACGGAAUUGAAAAUAUUGCUUUGAUUUUGAUCAUUUUGGUGUAAGUUUUUACGUCUGAUUUUCGGAUAGACGCACAUAAUACCAAAGACUUACGAACAGUCUUAUUGGAUUCGCUAUUUCACAUAAGAACGAAAAUGCCGCGAACGAAAACUAAUCGAAAGGCGAAACUGGACCUACAGGCUGCGGACGAGACUGAUUCAUUAGUAAGAGAUUUUGAGCGGCAAGCUCACAUGCGAAUUUUAAAAAUGGAAUCCGAGGCGAAGAUGGCGAUGAAAGGUCUGGAGAACUCUUUUAAUAUUACUAUAUCCAGGCUUCCAAAGGAAAUACAACUGAUGACUCUCGGUGAGUUAAUGCAAUGCGAGAUUAACGACCAGAAAGAGAAUUGUGAAGAAGUGUCGUCAUCUGUUAACGAAAAUUCGUUGAAACCGCCUACAACGACAAAAGGAAAGAAACAUGCAAAGAGAAUUACCACUGCAUCGGAUGAUGGAUACGUGACUGAAGGAAGACGUACCUCAAGAGCUCAGAAAGACGAGUCUCAAAGAAACAUGAGAAGAACACGUAGUAAUUCGAGGAAUAGAGAAGUAAAACUUAGUCAGAUUAAUCAAGAGACUAUAAAGAAAAUUAGGAAACCACAUGGUAAGGAAUCUGUGAAAACUGAUCAAUUUAAAACUCCUGCAACAUUAAAGGUAAAUAACAUAUCAUCGAAUACGUAUGGUCUUGUGACUCCAAAAGUUAAACCAAAUACACCAUUAAAUGUAUUGAGACGUCCACGGCAAGGGGAGAUGGUUCUUAGUAUGCAAGGUAGUCCCUUAUUGGUUUCUGCAGUUGUACAAGAAAAUACUGCUAACAUUAAUGUUCCUUUGAGAAAUGGCAAUGUAAUAUCUUUGCUACCUAAAGAAGGCCUACGUAUGUCACAUAUCCCAUCACUAGAUCCGGAAACCAUGCGUCAAUUAGAAACGCUAAAGAAUCAUAUUGAAAAAGUUAUUUCAACAAAAUGAUCAAUUUCUUUAGAAUGUAUUUUGCACAUGUUGUGAUUUAUGGGAAUUCAUAAUCAUCAACUAUAAAUUUUCCAUCAAUCAGUUUAGGAAGAGCAGGACCAAUACAUAUCCUUAUACUAAAUCCAUCGGAUGUAAGGAUUAUAAUUAAAACAAAUUCUUCAGAUUUAGGGUGAUCAGAGAAUUAUAUGAUAAAAAUUUUAUUGUCUCUCAAGAUUGUAGCAGUUAAUAAUAAUUCUCUGACCUAUUCAGCUGAUUACUGCUGAAGCCAUUGUACAUGAGAAAGGAAUGCAAUAGUUCCUGUUUAAAGAAAUCAAUCCUCAGAUCAGAGAAGUAUAAGUACUUGCAGGGUAUAAACCAUUUUUGAUUCACACUGCAAGUCAUAUUGAAAAGAUUAUUUUAACAAAAUGAUCAAUUUCUUUAGUAUGUAUUUUACUUAUGAAUGCUCUGAGUAACAUUGGAAUAAUUGAUCUAUGAUCAAACUGUGUUUCAAAUGAUUUGUUGAAUUUUUAGAAUAAUUAGAGGACUGUAGAUGUAUCUGACAUUUAAACAGCAUUAGUUGCUACCUUUUUUAAGUUGCUAUCUAAUAAGAUUACUGUAUAAGAUAUUUGUGUAAAGAUAUGUUUCCAGAAUUAAUAUUUUAGAGUAAACUUGUAUUAUAUAGUUAAGGAUACUAUUGGAACAUGUAUGAACUUUUAAAUUAUUAUAAUAAAAAUCAAAGAAUCCUGUAAUAUA